AUGCACAGGCUUCUCUAUGCGUUCCUCGCCUCCAUGAACUUCGCAAUUAUGUUCCCUGCUCGCGCGUCCGCCCCCUUCUUUGCCCCCAAGCCCGCCUAUGUUAACAGCACCACUGUCAGCCUACGCAUUGAAAGCGCGAACAAUCAUACUAUCUACGAGGCCCCGAUCUUCACGUCAGGGCACAACGUGACGACGCCUUCCGGGGGAACGCACCACUGUGAUGGGACAAAUCUAGGUGCUAAUCCCACCCCUGGGCCGACGUGCACCAGCGCGCUCGAUGAUGCUUCGAAAGUUGCUGAAUUUCCGUGGGACGCGACAUAUUGGGCUCAAUACGACGACUUCUUCAUCACCAGCAUCGCCAACACUACCCAAACUAGCACUCAAUAUUGGGGUAUCCUGCUGAAUUAUCAGUACACCCCUGUGGGUGGAUGCCAGCAACAAGUGGCAUUUGGGGACCAUAUCCUCAUCGCCUUCGAUGCCUUCAACAAAAAGUAUUUCCUAGAGUUGUCGGGCCCCAAGAUCGUAAACCCUGAGACGACCGCCUCGUUCGAUGUCAUUGACGGAAUGACGGGAUCUCCGGUAGCGGGGGCAGCGGUCGUGGACGCUAGCUCUGGCACGCAGCUCGGCGUCUCUGACGGAAACGGAGCAGCGCAAGUCUUCUUCGGAGAUGCCGGGACGACGUUGUUGAAGGCGCGAAAGAAUGAUGCUGUGCAGUCCAAUGGGGUCGCUGUUGUAGUUGGGUAG